AUGGCUCGAAAGAAGAGAAUGCAUAUUCUGGAAGCAAAAAGGAUUCGGAAAGAUGUAUCAUUCUACAUGUGUCGAAGAAUUAGUGUAUUUAGUGCUGCCACUAGACGUCGACGGGUUAGAAAAGGAACAAGUUCCUUGAAUUCUACCAGUGGGUUAAUAGGUGCUUUGUCUGAUACGUGCGCUGUGGUCGAAGGUUCUAAGUAUGGCCUUAUGAGCAAUGGUAUAAUAUUUACUCGUGUCCCAUAUGGUAUUACCAUCAUAGGGAUCCUACUUUGUGGUUUGGGAAACGCAUAA